GAAGGCUUUGCUUUCUGCGGCUCCUCAGCAGAGCAGCGAUGUUGAGGCUGAGACGUGAGGUGCAACUCAGAGGGACUCGCUCAUAGAGGCAAAGUUAUGGCACGGUUAUCCUCGGAGAAAAAGGUCCCGCAGCAGUUUCUCUCAGUCAAAAAGUCCCUCACCGGUGACGCGCACGCCUUUCUGGGACACACAACCCCGGAGCGAGAAAACCCCAAAUUACGCGUCAAAUUAAACUAAUUAAAAAUUGGUGCAGAAGCGGGUCGAGGACCGGAGGAGAUUUCAGCAGCGUUGAGUUGACUGAGGGCCACAAUGCAACAGGCCUGUGAGGUGAAGAUAACAACUCACUCACAGCUACACACGGUGUAAAGCUGAUCUUGAUGCAGCCAUAGCUACAAGUGCCCUUCGACCAGCUUGAGAAUGACACUCAGAGAAUAAGGAUACUGAGUUUAUUCUGCACCUCCAGAGCCUUCAGGCAAACUACCAAAUCAGCAUUAAACAGUGAAACCAAGGCAACCAUGAACCUGUUCAGGAAGGAUGCCAUGAGCACAAAGAAGGAGAAGGAGAAAGAGAUCCAGUAUGAGGACCCUCCAGAUGGAGGUUGGGGCUGGAUGGUGGUGCUACAUUGCUUCCUGGUGAAUGUUCUAGUAAUGGGAACACUGAAGAGUUUUGGGAUCUUCUUUGUGGCGUUCCAAGACGAGUUUGGAGGCUCAUCAGAGAGCAUCAGCUGGAUCGGCUCCAUCAUGUCAAGUUUGCGUCUGUCUGGAGCACCCAUUGCCUCUGUAGCCUGUGCCAAGGUAGGAACCAGGGUUACCUCCAUCGUCGGGGCAAUUCUGGUUAGUGGAGGCUUCCUCAUGAGCAUUUUUGCCAACAGUGUGGUGUUCCUCUACAUCAGCAUGGGAGUGAUAGUUGGAAUUGGUUUUGCACUACUAUACCAAUCCUUCUCAGUGGUCACAGCGCUGUACUUCCGAAAGAGGUUAGCGACAGCGUAUGCAAUCGGACGUUCUGGGAUGGGUUUGACCUUUGCCCUUGCUCCGUUCACUCAGCUGCUCCUGGACCAGUAUGCUUGGCAAGGUGCAAUGCUGAUUCUCGGUGGUCUCAUGCUGAAUCUGGUGGCCACUGGGAUGCUUCUGCGACCCAUCAGAGUGAAGCCUCCCGUGUCAAACCCUACCUCUCUUCCCAUUCAAAAGAGCCCUGCUGUUUCAAUCAAGAGCUCCUCAGAGAAGGAAUACACUAAAAGCUGCUUAAAUGGUUCCUCUCACUUAUCCAAUGGCAUCUCCAAAUCAGACUCAUUUCCCUCCCCUCCUCCUCUUCCCCCUCAUGGGGACACUGAGAAUACGGGGGGCCAGUGUACUCAGGGACUCCAGGACCAGUCAGUGAACCCUGAACUGACCAGGCUGGUCCUCAAUGGUGUGAACGGCCAUGAACCCCGCCAUGACUUGGGUCAGUGUAAACCCACAACUCCAGACAGCUCAGCUGAGCUCAAUGGCAGCAUGAAUGGAUCCACCAUUGUGGGAGUUCCCUCGCAUGCCAGCACGCCGAGUGAGUUGACCGUCAUAAAAGCCAAAGUACUGGAUUUCUCUCUGCUGAAGGACCCGUUCUUUUGUAUCUACACUUGGUCUUUGGUCUUCAGCCAGCUUGCCUACUUCAUCCCCUAUUUCCACCUGUCUGCCCGAGCCAGAAACCUUGGCAUCGAUGCCAUGGACGCCUCCUUCAUCAUCUCUGUGGCAGGUAUCACAGAGACCAUCGCCCAGCUGGCCUCGGGCUGGGUGACAGACAGGAACCUGUUCCAUAAAUACCAUUACCACAAGGCCUACCUGAUCCUCUGUGGCCUGGUCAACCUGCUCUCCCCACUGGCAACAUCCUACAUCCUGCUGAUGGUUUAUGCUGUCUUCUUUGCCAUCUUCUGUGGUGGAUAUAUGGCUCUGCUGCUGCCUGUUCUGGUAGAUCUCGUGGGGUCAGAGAAACUCAACAACUCCAUGGGCUUCUCCAUGUUCUUUGUUGGCCUUGGUUGCCUCACAGGACCUCCUUUGGCAGGUUUCCUGUACGACUACACUCAGACUUACGACUGUUCUUUCUACCUGGCUGGGCUCUGCUAUCUGCUCUCCUCUGUCUCGCUUUUCAUGGAGCCGCUGGCUCAGCGCUGGAAGGCCAGGAACAAACUGACCCGGAUCAAAAGAGCGGAAAGCAGCUGUAAGACCAACGGCUGCUUCACCCCCGACCGCCUGCAGAACGGCGCUGUGUAGGAAUGAAACCCAGGGAAGGCCUUCUAUCUUGAACCAGCAUGCUCUUAAUUUGCCAUGGGCCCGCAUAACUUGGACCUUGGAAUCCAGCUUAAAGUCGGGACAUGCGUGACCCUUAAUUUCAGCAGGAGCGUAACACGGGGCCGAGAAGACAAGAGUAACAUGUCUAAGAACAUAUAGUAGUUGGGACAUUGGUGAGCGAUUGAACUUUUAAAGAGCCAAAAUUGUGUUUUGCAAUAUAUUAUACCCCCUACUCUUAUCAGAGGUGCAUUUAUCCAAACUGGCACAACACAUUUUAAUAUUAGCUGCUUUCCAACUAUAACUUAUUCUAAUUGUUUUCUAAAUGCAACAACAAAACUGCAAUCACUUUGCAGUACCUUUACAUUGCACAUAAUAUUGCUGAAAACUAAGCUAUGCAGUUGAGCCUGAAAUCCUGUUAUCCUUCUGUAAUGUCGGUAAUGGAAGCACAUAUCCAUGAAGAAAUAAUUCUCACUUGAUUUCUUUGGAAGCCUUUACUUGUAUCUGUAAACCUGUACUCACUGGUAUGCACUUUGGGCCAAUUUGUGACUAUGCUGCAUGACCUUUCCUAUCACACCUUUUAACUGCAAGCAUCCAUUUAAAGCAGGGGUAGGCAGUUUUCUGGCAUGAGCAAGAAAGACAGCAGAAUUUUAAAAUACAGCCCUCCACCUGCAGCUUUGAGCUAGCUUAUAUUAGCAUCAUAAACAUGAAAUUGAACUGGCAAAACCCGUGAGCCUCUGACUACACUUAACAGAAGGCUAAAUUAUUUGCAACACUGAAACACUUUGUAGGUGUUAGACUCUCUUUUAUUCCAUCUUUCUUUUUGGGUUGCUUUGCAGUAUAAGCAAUUGUUGCCCAUGCUAAGCUAGCAACUAUUUCUGCAGGAUAUUCUGUUAUUGAAUCAGGCCUCACCAUCGAAAGUGACAUGCACACUUGUUAACAUUUGUUGAAUAAUGAAUAGCAACGCCCUCUCCCUAAAAAUGACCUUGAAUUGGCCAAAGUCUCUAGAUUUUCUAAAGCCUGAAAACAGAGCCAAGAGGAGGUGCAGAAGUCAUGUCUCAGUCCCAUUCAAUAACAAUGUGUUCAAAGGUUAUUACAGAAUUUUAACCCAAUAAUGCCAAGAAAACAACUGCCUACCCCAACUUUAACUGCAGCCUGCUUCUAAGACACAAAGUGUAACCUGCUCUUCAAAGCAAAAAAGCAACAACGGCUUCAGUAGUUUAAUCUUUUGCCCCAACAAGACUAUUGUAAGCACAGGGGUAGAUUAUAUGGCAUGUGCAAGUAUUUAGAGGUAUAAUCACAUUCUCGUAUUUAUAUCUUUAUUAUUAAUAUUCUGGACACUUCUUUUGUCCAUCAACUACUACAACAUACUUUGAUGGACACAAUAUUCAAACUGCGAAAUGUUCUGCUCAAUUUGGACAUCUCUUCAGAACUUCAGUUGUUUUUUUCAUAAGAUAUAAACAGAAUGUUCAAAGUCUAAACAUCUUUUCCUCUAAAGCCCCUUCAUAAUUAUUCAUGCUUUAACCGACAUCACGUUUCUAAUGUGUUGAUAACAUACCUAGAAAACUAAAAAUUAAGUGGGAGGUUCAAUGCAAAAUUUGCAUUUGCAAUUUGGUAUUGCAUUGCCAGGCUAAUGACAUUCUUGCAUACAAAAAAGCUGAUAACAGAGAACAAACUUAAAAUUAACAUGUCCAAAAAAAAAUCUCUUGGUGAAUUUAAAAAAAAUCGGAUCCCUUUGUCUAAUAAAUUCUCCUUAUCAAUUUUAACCUCCCUCAACAGCCCCUGCACUUCUCCUUUAAAUGUCAAAAGCUUUCAGUCCUAAAGAUUUCAGCUGCCUUAACUUCCAACACCUGACAACUGACACCUCAGCUCCUUUAAAUGCUAACACUUCAACAAAGUGCAUCAUUUGACAUACACAUCACAUUUUAACGCGAUUGACCCAAAUACAGUGUUUGCACCUGCAGUUUGCAUACAAGAGAGCACACUUCACUUUCUCGUUCAUUUUUUUUUCUUUCGAUCAUUAAACCUCAGUAGUAGGACCCUUUUGUGGGUCAGUAAUGUUUCAUUUUAAUAACAUUCACAUUAUGUUUUACUUGGCAGCACCUGCAGAUAAUGUCACGCCUAGCUCGUCAUUUUUGAGCUGUUCUAUGCAAAUGCACACAGAGAAGAUUUCUUUCAUUUACAGCUCACUUGCACAACAUUUUAACUGCAGCAAAGGUACCAGCUACUGAAACAAGAAGCCAGUUUGGUCAAGAUUUAAGUAUGUUUCCUAAAUAUAUUGAUCACAGUUGGACUGCUGAUAAGCUCUGCUAAAUAGCAGGGUUUUCUGUGUCAUUGUUUGUGAUUAAGUGUCAUUUUGUCGACCCUGUAUUUCUGUUAAUCUCUGACCAACUGCAUUACAAAGAUGUUUUGAUGAUGUUGCCCAUAUAACUGGACUGAUAGGAAACUGUUGCCUAGCCUUUACAGUGCCUACAGGCAGCCAAUUAAUGGCAAUGCAACCUAUAAUUGUAUUGUGUUUAUAUAUGGGAGUCUGUUGGUUGUUGAUUCUUUUUUUAUGUAGAAGAUUUUGCGUUUUCAGUGAAUUCCUUGUUUUUCACCACUGUCUGCCUUAUAAGGUACUGUAUUGUAUCUUUACUAACUUUCCUGUGAUGUCAGCCAAAGACACAUUAGAAACCUACCUGCAACUUGAAGCUUAUUAUUAGUAUAAAAAAAAAAGAAAAUAAAUAGUUUCAACUGUUUUAAUAUUAUUUAAACCAUUAUGACCCUCCAUUAUUCAAUCAUUGAGUUUACUUGAGGGCGGCCCAGCGUCCAAGUGUGGAUGGCUUUUGUUACACUGCCCUCUUGUGGCGGAGGAAAGCUUCUACUCAAAGAAUGCUGUCUCAAUUAGUACCAAAUUAUUCCCCCUCAUCUCACUUUCACAAUACUGAGCAAGGCUCUUUGUAUUGUUUCAAUAACGACAGUCAUGCACAAAAGCUCUUUUGGCUCACGAGUUGCAUUCACUACCAGUAUGCUUUGUGACUGAGGGCAACUGAAUAUUUUGUACCACAAUAAAUCUUUUAUGAAAUGCAUUUGAUGCUUUAAAAGUAGAUUUGGGUUUAGGAUUAUUUUACUUGUUAGUUGUCUGGAUAUUUUAAGGAACUGUAUGUUAAAGCAGUAUCUUGAAAUAAUUUGUAUGUCUGUUAAUUUUCUAAAUGCCACUGAUAAUGAACUAAGUUCUGUUUGAUGGUGUUUGAUCUUAUAUUUUUGUUGCAGCAAACGCAUUUAUGGGUAAAGCACUGUUUUGUCACUACUCUGGCUCCUGGAUUUGUGAACUGAUAGUUUAGAAAAUAUACUUAACCAAUCAUAGAUAUCCUGUUCAAAGUCCUUAGAGAUAAUUUUUAAGCCUUUUAACAGUGCGUUGUCAGCUAAUAUACUGACAUGUGACUCAAGUCUGUUCUCGUUUGACUCAGACGACUCAGAGCAAUAAAUGCACUGGUACCAC